AUGUCACGGCUCCCCAAGCUCGCAGUUUUUGACCUGGAUUACACGCUCUGGCCUUUCUGGGUUGACACGCACGUAGACCCACCGUUCCACCGCAGCAGUGAUGGAGCUGUACGAGAUAGCCGAGGUCGGAUUGUCCGACUGUACCCAGACGUGCCCAAGAUCCUGGAACGACUGCAGAGCAUGGGGGUGCCAGUCGCAGCUGCUUCCCGGACAGGUGAGAUUGAAGGGGCCAACCAGCUGCUGGAGCUCUUUGACCUAGUCAGAUACUUUGUUCAGCUGGAAAUCUAUCCAGGCAGCAAGGUCACACACUUUCAGAGGUUGCGGCAGAAGACUGGAGUUGCUUUCUCCCAGAUGAUCUUCUUUGAUGAUGAGAAGCGGAAUAUUGUGGACGUCAGCAAACUGGGUGUUACCUGUGUUCAUGUCCAGAAUGGAAUGAAUCUUCAAACUCUAACUCAAGGGUUAGAGACAUUUGCAAAGGCCCAAGUUGGGCCCUGAGGCCCAACCCUGUAGAUGAAUCUCAUUUGAAGCAUAA